AUGCAUUUCUUUUGGGGCUUAGACCUGGUCCCCACGGCGGCACCGCCUGUCGAAAAAAACGUAGUUCUUCAAUUAAAGAGGCACGAAUCCUUCUCGAGCCACUCGACCUGGAUCUUGGCGCUUCUGAUCAAAUCUUCCUUGGUCAUGAGGACUUUUUUUCAAGUUCUCCAACAGGAAUUCCACGGCGGCUUCUUCCAUCGUCGACGGCAAUCAUCAAAACCCAUCGGUGCACGUGUUGUCGUCGUCAGGGUGGCUCACCCACGUUUGCACGUUUCUGACCUUACACCUCAGCCGCCUGUCAGUCCUCAGUCCGCGCAUCCGGCGAAGUGCCGGAGCAUUUUCUCCAAAGUCCACCCGCGACAAGGCCAUCUAGGGUUUCAGCUAAAAUCGUUAUCGAACAGAAGAGAGAAAAGUGGGGAAGAGAGAAAAGUGGGUGGGUAA